GGAGCCAGAGGCAGCGAGGGAAGUGCUGGCGCGGCAGCGUGUCUGGAGCACCUCUCCUGCCAUGGCCAAGCCGAGUCUCCCCGUCUCACUGGCGACGAUGCUGAGCGUGUGCCUGGCCCUGGGGAGCCCCAGCACAGUGGAUCCCUGCUGCUACUUCCCCUGCCAGCACCAAGGCGUGUGCGUGCGGGUUGGCCUGGAGGGCUACGAGUGUGACUGCACGCGGACCGGGUACUUCGGGACCAACUGCACCCUGCCCGAGUUCUGGACGCGCAUCCACAAGCUGCUGAAGCCCAGCCCGGCUUUCUACCACUUCGUGCUGACCCACUUCAAGUGGUUCUGGGACAUCAUCAACAGCACCUUCGUCAGGGACACGCUGAUGACGCUGGUGCUGAAAAUCCGGGCCAACCUGAUCCCCAGCCUCCCCACCUACAACUCGGACUACGGCUACAUCAGCUGGGAAGCCUAUGCCAACAUGAGCUACUUCACCCGCAUCCUGCCGCCGGUGCCCGAUGACUGCCCGAUGCCCAUGGGAACCAAAGGGAAGAAGGAGCUUCCUGACCCCCAGCUCCUGGCCGAGAGGUUCCUGCUCCGACGGACGUUUGAGAAGGACCCGCAGGGCACCAACCUGAUGUUCGCCUUCUUCGCCCAGCACUUCACUCACCAGUUCUUCAAGACGUCCGGGAAGAUGGGACACGGCUUCACCAAGGCUCUGGGCCACGGGGUGGAUCUCGGGCACUUGUACGGGGACAACCUGGAGCGUCAGCACCAUCUGCGGCUCUUCAGAGACGGGAAGCUCAAGUACCAGGUGGUGGACGGGGAGGUGUACCCCCCCACGGUGCUCGAGGCGCCGGUGCACAUGAUCUACCCCAACGGCACCGGCCAGGAGAAGCAGCUGGCCGUGGGCCAGGAGGUGUUUGGGCUGCUGCCCGGGCUGAUGAUGUACGCGACCCUCUGGCUCCGCGAGCACAACCGCGUCUGCGACCUGCUGAAGCAGGAGCACCCGACGUGGGGCGACGAGCAGCUCUUCCAGACGACCCGGCUCAUCCUCAUCGGGGAGACCAUCAAGAUCGUCAUCGAGGACUACGUGCAGCACCUGAGCGGGUACUUCCUGCGCCUGAAGUUCGACCCCGAGCUGCUGUUCGGGGUGCAGUUCCAGUACCGCAACCGCAUCGCCGUGGAGUUCAACCAGCUCUACCACUGGCACGCGCUCAUGCCGGACGCCUUCGUCAUCCAGGGGCAGGAGUACAGCUACCAGCAGUUCAUCUACAACACCACCAUGCUCAUGGACUACGGCAUCGAGGGCCUGGUCGAGGCCUUCUCCAAGCAGAACGCCGGACGGAUUGGCGGGGGACAGUCCAUCAACAGCAACCUCCUGAAAGUAGCCAUCGGGCUCAUCAAGGAGUCCCGGCAGCUGCGGCUGCAGCCCUUCAAUGAGUACCGCAAGAGGUUUGGCAUGAGGCCCUACACGUCCUUCCAGGAGCUGACAGGAGAGGAGGAGAAAGCGGCGCAGCUGGAGGAGCUGUACGGCGACAUCAAUGCCCUGGAGUUCUACCCGGGGCUGCUGCUGGAGAAGCCGCAAGCCAACGCCAUCUUUGGGGAGAGCAUGGUGGAGAUCGGGGCCCCCUUCUCCCUCAAGGGGCUGCUGGGGAACCCCAUCUGCUCCCCCGAGUACUGGAAGCCCAGCACCUUCGGCGGCGCCACCGGCUUCGCGCUGGUGCAGACAGCAUCGCUCCAGAAGCUCGUGUGCAACAACGUGCGACGGUGCCCUUACGUGUCCUUCCGCGUGCCGGACCCCAGCCCGGAGCCAGCUGAGCACAGCGCGGCCCAGCCCUCCACAGAGCUCUAGCAGUGCCACCGCGGGGAGACAGCACUGCGUCGGGGCCCGAGGCCACGUCAGCUACCGCCGCCCAGCCAGCGAGCUCUAGUGCUCCCCGCUGCAGCCAGACCCAUGCCGAGGAGGGGACAGUAGUCCUGACCCGUGUCUCGGGUGUUCUCCACACCAGCUGCAGGGGCCGAAUGGGAGAGGCUGGGAACUGGCUUGCGGAUGCGUCCGUCGCAGCUCCUGGGAUAUGUCUGCACGCUACUGCUGCAACAAGUAGAAAUCAGGCUGCUGGUAGGCAUCGAGCAUCACCUACCCUGCAGCCCAGCCUGCCGCAUGCUGUAUGCUGGGCACCGUGGUGCUUCCCCUCUCGUUUCUGGGUCCCCUGCCCGGGCCUGCUGAGUAGGUGCCUGAGGUCUCCCAGAGGAAAUGAGGGACAUUUCCUGUUCUGCACCUGCCGGGAUAUUCCUUCCCGGAGGAGAGAGGUAUGGUUACCGUGGCCCACCUACAGCACUGCGCUGCUCACCAGCCCUUGGCACUGACCUGCCCUGGGCUCUCAACCCAGCGCCUCCCCCAUCCCCUUUCUUGUGUGGGUCCCAUCCUGGGGCUGCCGGGCAGGUGCUGAGGCAAAGGGGGGCUGGUUUGCUUGGGGUUGGUGGCUGCUCUGCACAUUGUGAGAGUGUUUUGUUCCAUGCCGGUAAAGGAGGCACCAAGUUCAUCUCACAGCAGGUGGAAAACAGGAAACCUCCCACACUUCCUCCAGGAGCUCUCAGGCGCCAACUCAGCAGGUCCCGAGCAGGGGACCUAGAAGCAAGAGGGGAAAUGACCUGGUGGCCAGCAUACAGCACAUAGCAGAGUGGGCCAAGGGGCCGGCGAUGCUCAGCAGCCUAACCGCAGCCUCUCCUCUGCCCAUCCCAGCAUGGACGUGUCCCAGGAGCUACGACGGGCCUGUCCACGAGUCUGCUCCCAGCAUCUCACCCUAUUUGCUGCCUCUGCUAUCACACUGGGUUUCCCUGCCGCAGCCCCAGCUCUGUGGGCUGCAGGGCUUCCCAGGGUGCAGAGCCCCCAGGCAGAGCAGGGACCGGCCCUGCACUGUGCAGCCUGUGCUGAAGUCCCAGCUGCAUAAAAAAUUCAGUCCUGCCCUUCAGAGGACCAGGGAAUCGGGGUGGGGGGGGAGAGUAAUUGAAAGUGCCAGGUGCCGAUUCCAAGGUGCCUGCACUGCUACAUGGUGCCAAUCUGUGCUGGAAAACCUGAGCACUGGUCACUGCCAUGGGCAGGCACGUCACCCCCAGUGAGAGCCCACACUGGGGGGGUCAUCCCAUCUCCCCCUCUCCAUUGCAAUAGGAGUUAUCCCACCUGGAAUCAAGCUGAGUGGGAUUGUUUGCCGGCAGCCUCUCCACAGCCUUCACAGCCCCCCAGGAAUGGGACUUUGCAGUACGAAAGGUGAAGCCGCAGUCUUGGAACUGGCUCCCAUUUAUUCUCUGAGCCAAGAACAUCCCAGCACCCGUUGCAGUCCGUGACUGUGAUGAUGCCUCCACACCAGGGCGUCUCUCAGCAUCAGAGCAGGCACUGCCGCUGCUUCCUUGCUGCCCGUGGCUUGGUGAGCUGUGCUGGGGCUUGGUGGAUGAGGCAGCAGGGAGAUGCCAGGAGGGAGCGUCUCAGCAGCUAGGCAGGGUGAAGGAGCAGCAGGAA